AUGGAUCAAACGCAACCGCCACCGGGCCUUCCACAGUCCAUGUCACCGCCGCAACUCGAUGAAAAUCAACCACAGCUAGAUGGACAACAGCCGCAACCAGGUGAAGAGGUCCAGGUGCAGCCGGGUGAACAGGCGCCACCGCCGCCGGGUGAACAACCGCAGCAGCCGAGAGAAGAGCUCGUGCCGGACGGCCGCCACAGCUGGCUGGUGGCGGUCGCAGCGGCGUGCAACGUCUUCUGCUGCUCCCUGCUGCGUCGCGCCAUGCCGGUGAUGUUCCUCGCGGUGGGAGACGCGUUCGCCACCACCUCCAAAGGCGCGGUCGCCUGGAUGAACGCCUUCAUCUACAGCCUGGCAUACACGCUGUCGCCCGUUGUGACCGUUCAGUGCCGGACCAUGCCGCUGAAGGUUCUGUCCAUCGGAGGCGCCCUGUUGGUCGGCGUGGGCCAAAUAGUGUGCUUCGCCCUCGGCAGCCUUGCCCUUCUGGUGCCAGUGAUAGGACUCUGCUGCGGCCUUGGCGCCGCCGUGUCGAUGGUCGUCAACGAGACGGUGGUGCAUCUCCACUUCGAGGCGGAGCGUCGCAAGGCCCUGUCCAUCUACCGGGCGGCCUUCUCGCUGUCGGCCAUCGCGUACCCCUUGGUGCUCGGGCUGCUGGUGAGCGAGUACGGACUGGACGGCGCGUUGCUCGUGACCGGCGCCAUAUCGCUCAACGCCCUGGCCGGCUCCCUCCUCAUGGCCAGGCCUCCGUGGAUGUCUCCGAGCGACCCCGUGCCAUCGAUACACCGGCCAGAGAACGCGGAUGCCCAGCCUGCGGCCGAAUUAGAGCAGGGCAUCAAGGCAGACGCCUCCGAGAAGCAGGAUGCAUCAAAGGUGCUUUGCAUUGCACUCGAGGCGCGCUCGGCCUGUCUCAAUGCUGACCCCGGGUGUGACGGCUCUUGCGUGGCCCAUGUGACCGCGAACCCGCGCUCCGAGUGUCGCGUGAGCUGA